GCAGCCAAAGCUAAAGAGCAGAAAGAAGGUCCCAAGUUUUUCUUGUUCAGAAAGAAAGAAAUACAGUGUCGGCCGGAAAGCAAAUCGGAGCAAGAAGCAGCUGAACGGAAGACGAAGAAGAAAGAAGGCAAUGGAUCCGAAGCUGCUGGAGGUCUCUCAGGUCUUCGACCGAUUCAAAGCGGCCCUCGCCAGGAACGACUUCGACACCUGCACCAAUCUCCUCUCCCAGCUCAAGGUUAUGCUGACAGAGUUCAAGAGUCUUCCGCCUUUGUUCGAGAAGACCCCUAAUGCUGUCCAUGAACUGACUCUUGGAAGGGAUGUAUAUGAGCAUGCUGUCAUUCUAAGUGUAAAGAUGGAAGAUCAAGAUGCAUUUGAGAGAGAUUUCUUUCAACUGAAGCCCUAUUAUACAGACGCCCGUGAGCUCAUUCCUCCGUCACCUCAGGAGUGCCCUAUACUAGGUCUCAACUUGCUGAGACUCCUUGUGCAAAAUAGAAUUGCGGAAUUCCAUACGGAACUCGAGUUGCUAUCACCUUCUGCCAUGGAGAAUCCUUGCAUCCAGCAUGCUGUUGAGUUGGAGCAAUCCUUCAUGGAAGGGGCUUACAACCGGGUAUUGAGCGCCAGGCAGAGCGUGCCUCAUGAAACUUUUGUCUAUUUUAUGGAUCUGUUGGCGAAGACUGUCAGAGAUGAGAUAGCUGGAUGCAGCGAAAAAGCAUAUGAUUAUCUGUCAAUUAGUGAUGCAAGGCAGACGCUUCUAUUCUCUUCCGACAACCAACUCUUAGAAUACAUCAAAGAGGAGCAUCCCGAGUGGGAGAUCAAGAACGGUUUUGUAUUCUUCCAGAAGGCGAAAGAGUCGGCACCUUCCAAGGAAAUUCCAUCCCUUCAGCUCAUCAAUCAGACCCUCAGCUAUGCGAGAGAAUUGGAGCGGAUCGUUUAAGGGAGCUAUGUUUUGUACGACAGACUCAAUCAUAUGGGGCUGACGCCAUCACCCUUGACCCGUUCGCAAUGGAACCUAAGAUUUUGCAUUUUGGAGUCUAAAUUUGAUCACUUGAGGGUGGUGAUGUCUCAGUGCCUCUGCUACUGUGUUCAUUGUUGUUUCAUUUCUGAAAGAGCAGCUCAAUUUCUCUUUCGGUGCUUUCGGCCCGGACAAACUGGAUACUCGAUUAGCAAUGGUUAUCAUCCACAUUUUCUCUGA